AUGAAGGAGAGAGCGAUAUGCAGGCGCGGACGACCACCAAAGGUGGUGGCAACGCCGGAAACAUCAUCUGAUAAUCUGAACGACGAUCAGCAAGGCGACAAAGAUUCAACAUCUAAGACAACAAUGGAACAUGGAAAAGAGAAAGCAGUAGGAGCAAUUACAAUGGACCAGGAAAUCCAUGAAACCCUAGAAGCAGAAAAGGGGAUAAACGAACCCAGAAAACUCUGGGUUGACGUCAUUAGCGGAAAUCGCAACCCUGGUAAUGGAUUAUCACUCAAAUUCAUAGCACCAACAAUUGUCAAUGGAGUACCUGAGGUUAUAAUUGAGGAAGCAGAUACUAUCAAUGAGGUGAAAUUCUGGGAAACCUCUUUGAUAAUGUAUGUUAUUGGUGGUGAAUUAAGCAUGAAUGGUGUCAAGCAGUUCAUGACCAAACAAUGGAAUUUCGUCAAGUUACCUGACAUGUAG